AUGGCUAAUAGCCAAGAUAUGGAAGCUACUAGGGAGGAAGGUCCCCUUGCUGCCACUGAAGCUGCCCACACCCCUGCUGACAUUGAUCUCAAUCUGGAUGAAGCAAUGGAUGAUUUGGAGAUGAAUGUCAGUGAGGAGGAUGCUGCUGACAACCUGCAAAACGAUGCUGAAAAUUCUCAGGAUAAUGCUGAAAAGCAGCAGGAUGCUGAAGCAGCAGCAGGGGAGGGUUCUGAGGCAGAAGAAGAAUAUGAGGACCCUCUUGUUGUAGAGCUUGAGAAGCUGAAAUCUCAAGUCUCUAACCAACACAUCACAAUUGUGAAGCAGCAAUGCCUCAUUGACGGGUUGAGGACCGAGCUAUCGGUGCAGCAAGCGCAGGCUCUCGAUUUGAAAGCUCAAAUGAGCCAUGUUGCUCACGAUGCUCGCGACCACACCCGCAUACUUGCUUCCAAGUCUCGUCAGAUUAAUGAGCUGCAGGAGACUUGCAGGCAGCUGCAAGCUACGUGCGCGCAGCUGCAAUCUCAAAACAGGGAUUUGAGGCAUGCAAACGUCUACCGCCCUCCUCCUAACGUCGGACGUCCUGCAGCGUCGACGAGCACACCCGCCGCCGCUCCUGCUGCAGCUCCUGCUCCUGCUGCAGCUCCUGGCUCUGCAGUAGCGCCUGAUCCUAUGGCGUCACCGCAGUACCCUCCUGGGUUCGCGCCACCUGCCUUUGGCUCCCUCCAUGCUGUCUUGCCUAGGUUCAUUCCUGGCAAGACGGAUGUGGACACGUGGCUCUCCCUUGCGGCUGAUACAAUGGCUCAUCGCAAAGUGCGCCGUGAUGCAUAUGUGGUGGCCGCUACAAUCGCGUUGGAUGAGAAGGCAAGCAAGCUAGUUUAUGCUAGCAAGCGCCAGGCCGAGGCCAAGUCCGAGCCGUUCGGUUGGGAGGAGUUUUGUACUGCGAUGAGGUUGGCGUUCUUGGUGCAAACCCCAGAGCUAGAGGUGCGCAACCGUUUGGAGAACACCUCAUGCGGAGACAGGCCGGUGCAGGAGUACGCCAAUGAGUUUGAAAGCACUCUGCUGAUGCUGAAGGACUCUCUGCCCGAGCGUGAACUCAUUCAUAUGUUUUUCAAAGGGCUGCCCGAACACAUUCGGACCAUGCACAUCGCCAAGGGGCAGCACCAGUGGGACACGUAUAAGCAGUGCAAGGAGGACGUGAUAGUCACGGGCGAACCACGAGUCUCGGUUUUGCCGCUGGAGGAAUAG